AAGACUAUUUUCGAGAAAACAAAAUUUCAGGCGACGCGCAUGAAAGCUUUGCCAUUUUGUCUCUAAUCCAAUCCUAGGGAGCAAUCGAGCCUCUCAUGGCGGUGGUGUCUGCAAUGGCCAACCCAUGGGACACGGUGUUGGAGCUCACUAAAUUGGCUCAGGACAGGGCGGCCGACCCCCUGGUGUACGCUCUGCAGAUUUCAUCUACGCUCAACGCCGCCGGCGUUUCCAUUCCCUCCACUGACUUCGCCACUAUCCUCGUCUCUCACAUAUGCUGGUCCAAUAACGUUCCUAUUGCUUGGAAAUAUCUCGAGAAAUGCUUGACGCUCAGGGUUGUCCCUCCCCUCUCUGCUCUCGCUCUCCUCUCUACCAGAGUUAUCCCUAACAGAAAGAUCUAUCCAGUGGCCUAUAGACUGUAUAUGGAACUUCUGAAAAGAUAUAUCUUCUCAUUGAAGUCUCAGAUUAAUGCUCCGCAUCAUCAACAGACAAUGGAGUCCAUCAACGAGAUUCUUAAUCUUUCCAAGGCUUUUGGGCUCCCAGAUGGUGAUUUUGGGUUGUUUAUUGUGGCAUUUAUUUUUACAAUUGUGAGGGAGUUGGUUGAUGCUUCACUCGAUGAUGAGGGAUUGCUGGAGCUCUCAGCAGAAAAGGAAUCCAUGUGGACAAUGAGAACACAAGAUAUGGAGAUAGACAAUCAUGAUGCUUUUAUUGGGAAACGAGCAGAACAAUAUGAGUUAUUGUCUAAAAAGAAUACCAUAAUGGCCACUGAAAUGCUUUGUGAUUUUUUCCGGAACAAAGUGACUUCCAGAGUACUAUUCUUGGUGCGAAGGAACAUGCCUUCUUAUUGGGAGCCCUUUAUCAAGCACUUGCAGUUGCUUGCCUCAAAUUCAAUAGCUUUGAGAAAUUCAAGAAGUGUUUCUCCAGAGGUUCUUUUGCAGUUAACAUCAGAUACAGAUGUGUUCCUGUCAAGGGAAGGUAAAAGAAGCACACUGCACCGGAUGAAUGCAGUAGUUGGAUCUUCACUUGUAUCUUGUCCUAGCCGAAGUCAUGGAACCAGCCCAUCAGCAUACUGGCUGCCCAUCGAUCUCUUUCUUGAAGAUUCCAUAGAUGGGUCACAAGUGUUAGCUACAAGCACUGCCGAAACACUUACUGUUCUAGUGAAGGCUCUUCAGGCAGUUAACUGUACCACUUGGCAUGACACAUUUCUUGGGCUAUGGGCUGCCGCACUGCGGCUUGUUCAAAGAGAAAGACAUUCAUCUGAAGGACCAGUACCUCGUCUUGCUACGUGCCUAUGCAUGCUGUUAUCUAUUACACCACUUGCAGUUGUAAACAUUAUUGAGGAGGAAGAAAGGGAACUCCUUCAUGCUAAUCAAGGAAAGGAUUGUUUAGGAAAGCGUCGUCAAGACUUAGUUUCAAGUCUAAAACAAUUGGAUGAUUAUGAAGCUUUGUUGUCUCCACCACUACAGUUAGCUUCAGUGGCAAAUCAAGCCGCUGCAAAAGCGAUGAUGUUUCUUUCAGGUCUCACUGUUUCCAGUGGAUACUUUGAUGGCAUGAGCUUGAAUGACAUGCCUUCGAACUGCGUUGGAAACUUGCGACACCUGGUUGUUGAGGCUUGUAUUGCCAGAAAUAUUCUGGAUACUUCUACGUAUUUCUGGCCUGGAUAUGUAAAAGGUCGAUGCAAUCAAAUACCAUGUGGCAUUUCGGGCCAAACACCUGGCUGGUCUUCUUUGAUGAAAGGGUCUCCUUUAAGUCCUCCAAUGAUGAGUGUGCUGGUUUCCACCCCAGCCUCAAGUUUAGCAGAAUUGGAGAAAAUAUAUGAGUUCGCGGUAAGUGGCUCUGAUGAUGAGAAAAUUUCUGCCGCAACAGUUCUCUGCGGAGCAUCUCUUACUCGUGGUUGGAAUAUACAGGAGCACAUUGUUAUGUUCAUCACAAGACUGCUUUCACCUCCCAUUCCUAAAGAAUACACUGGAAGUGAAAGCCAUUUGAUACGUUAUGCUGCAUUUCUGAAUGUCCUUCUUGUCGGAAUAUCAUCUAUUGAUGGUAUACAGAUCUAUUCCUUGCAUGGAUUGGUCCCACAACUUGCUGCUGCACUGAUGCCAAUCUGUGAGGUCUUUGGUUCUUGUGCACCCACCAUUUCUUGGGCUCUUACCAGGGAAGAAUUAUCAUCCCAUGAGGUAUUUUCAAAUGCAUUCACUCUUCUGCUAAGGUUAUGGAGAUUUAAUGAGCCGCCAUUUGAAAGAGUAAAUGGGGAAUUAUGCCCAGUGGGGUCCCAUGUAACUCCUGAGUAUUUAUUAUUGGUGCGCAACCGUCAGCUGGCUGCAACUGAAAAUUCAUCAAACGAUCAAAUCAAGUGCAAGCGGUUUUCAAGGCUUUUAGAUCCAUGGCAUAGAGAACCUAUAUUUAUGGACUCAUUUCCAAAGUUAAAAUGUUGGUACAGGCAAAAUAUGGCAUGUAUGUGUUCAACCCUUUCUGGUCUUGAACAUGGAACUCCUGUUCAUGAAAUUGUGGAAGCAUUGUUGAAUUUCAUGUUCAGAAAUCUAAGCAGGGGUGGACAGCCUGUUACACCAACUGCUUCUGGAAGCAGUAAUUCAUCUGGGCCUGGUGGCGAAGAUUUAUCUACCAGUCUUAAAUUGCCCGCAUGGGAUAUUUUAGAGGCAGUUCCCUUUGCGCUUGAUGCGGCCUUAACGGCCUGUGCCCAUGGAAGGCUUUCACCACGUGAACUAACUACAGGGAUUAAGGACCUUGCUGAUUUCCUUCCUGCUUCUUUGGCAAUAAUUGUAAGUUACUUCUCAGCUGAAGUAACAAGAGGAGUUUGGAAGCCUGCACCCAUGAAUGGAACUGAUUGGCCAAGUCCUGCUGCUAAUCUAGCUUCAGUUGAACUGCAGAUAAAGAAUUCAUUAGCAGCUACCGGUGUUCAUGUCCCAAGUCUUGCUGUAGGUGGAAGCUCCAUUUCUACUCUACCACUGCCCCUGGCCGUGCUUCUCAGUUUCACCAUAACUUACAAACUUGACAGAGAUACCGAGCGCUUUCUCAACUUUGUGGGACUUUCCAUGAGUAAUCUGGGCACCGUCUGUCCCUGGCCAUCUAUGCCCAUCAUCGUCUCCCUCUGGGGCCAGAAGAUAAAGCGAUGGAGUGACUAUCUUACGUUCUCUGCAUCCCGUACCGUAUUCCACCACAACAGUGAUGCCGUUGUCCAACUUCUUAGGGUCUGCUUCAAAGCCACCCUUGGUUUAAACAGUUCCAUCACGGCAAGCAGUGGUGGGGUAGGUGCACUUCUUGGUCAUGGAUUCGUCUCUCAUUUAUCUAGUGGUACAUGUCCUGUUGCUCCUGGAAUAAUGUACUUGCGUGUCCAUAGAUGCGUUAGGAACACCUUGUUUAUGACAGAGGAGAUUAUUUCCCUUGUGAUAAGUUCUGUUGAAGACAUUUCAAACAGCGGCUUACCAGCUGAGAACCUUGAAAAGCUCAAGAAAACGAAAUACGGGUUGAGAUAUGGUCAGGUCUCACUUGCAGCAGCCAUGACCCGUCUCAAGGUAGCAGCUUCACUAGGGGCGUCUUUGGUUUGGAUAACCGGCGGUUUGAGUUUAGUCCAAUCUCUGAUUAAAGAAACCUUACCCUCGUGGUUCAUAUCCGUACAGAAACCGGAACCCCAAACUGGAGUCGAAAUGUUGAGGGGAUAUGCACUUGCGUAUUUCACGGUGCUUUGCUUAGCAUUUGCUAUGGGGGUGGAACCAGUGCUUUCACCUGGUUCUAGGCGGUCCAAGGUUCUCAUGAGGCACAUGGAGUUUCUUGUAAGCGCAUUGGAUGGGAAGAUAUCUCUGGGAUGUAAUGAAGCCACGUGGAGAGCGUAUCUCUCGGGGUUUGUUAGUACGAUGGUGGUUUCCACACCAAACUGGGUGAGGGAGGUUGAUGUUGGGGUUGUGAAGAAGCUGAGCCAGGGGCUAAAGCAGUGGAAAGAGGAGGAGUUGGCUGUGGCGCUUCUUGGAGUCAGCGGGGUGGGUGGAAUGGCCAAGGCUGCUGAAAUGAUUAUAGAGCAUGGGGUUUGAAGUUUUCCUAGAUCGAUGGAUUAAGUUAUAGAUAGGCUAAUCACAACCAUGUUUGGGAGUUUAUUUGUUUAUCAUAAACGGUUUUUAGAUUUGUAAUAUAGUUAUCACAGUUCAAAUAGUAGUGCAUUUUUUUUCUUCAAAAUAUAGUUAUCAUAGCAUUAGUAGUAUUAGAAUUUCGUAUUCCUGUUAGGUUCAUAUUCAUUAUUUAUCCAUAUAACCAUUGUAACAGCCUCUAAAAACUACGGAGUAUGUUGUUAGUUAGAGUAUUAUUAUCAAUAAAAGUUGUACUACCCAUGUCCCGUUAGAA